GCUUUACGACAAGGUGCUUUGUGGCAGCACUGGGGGAGGAAGAUGGCGGCCGCCGUGUUAGGUGCUCGCCGCGCGGCCCCGGCUCCGGCCUGGGGGCCUGAGGCCCUCACCCCGGACUGGGAAAACCGGGAAGUCUCCACCGGGACCACGAUCAUGGCUGUGCAGUUUGACGGGGGCGUGGUGUUGGGGGCUGACUCCAGAACAACCACAGGGUCCUACAUCGCCAACCGGGUGACUGACAAGUUGACCCCAAUUCACGACCACAUUUUCUGCUGCCGCUCCGGCUCCGCGGCCGAUACCCAGGCAGUUGCAGACGCAGUCACCUACCAGCUUGGUUUCCACAGCAUUGAACUCAAUGAGCCUCCCCUGGUGCACACAGCGGCCAGCCUCUUCAAGGAGAUGUGUUACAGAUACCGGGAAGAUCUUAUGGCUGGUAUCAUCAUUGCAGGCUGGGACCCUCAGGAAGGCGGGCAGGUGUACUCGGUGCCCAUGGGCGGCAUGAUGGUGAGGCAGUCAUUUGCUAUCGGAGGCUCCGGGAGUUCAUACAUCUAUGGCUAUGUGGAUGCCACCUACCGGGAAGGCAUGACCAAGGAAGAGUGUCUGCAGUUCACUGCCAAUGCUCUUGCAUUGGCCAUGGAGCGGGACGGCUCCAGCGGUGGGGUCAUCCGCCUGGCAGCCAUCACAGAAUCCGGGGUAGAACGGCAGGUGCUUUUGGGAGACCAGAUACCCAAAUUCACCAUUGCCACCUUACCACCCCCCUGAACCCUAGGACUCUAAAAUGCAGGAGACAUGCCACACCAAUAACAUUUAAUAAACAGUUUGUCAAAGAGAA